AUGGCAGCAGGCGCCGUGCUGGCGCCGGAUUUGCGAUUGGAAGAGAGGCACGAAAUUCAGAACCUGAUCCACCCUUGUCCUACCAUCCGACAACUGUCGAACCUGCCUUUGACCUCAAUGGCUCAGUCACCGAAAGCGGACGAAUACCGUGGGAAUGCCUUCGCACACAAACCCCGUCUGCCUUCCUUCAGCAACUUUCUUUCGGGGACUGUGCCUCCAGACCUGAACCUCGCACAACCUAGCCCAGGACCAAGUCGAUGGGGUGGUCUGCCCGUGAACCACGAGGCAGUGACCCAUCAAGCUACUCAGUCGACUCCGUACCCGCCUUGCGAUAGACUACCGCCGGCUUCUUUAUCCGGUCCCAACUCCCGAACAUACGACCACCACCUCGACCCGACUCAGGCACGGGUUUGGCCAUACACGAACUCAGACACCUCGGAUAGGAUUGCUCCAUCCCUCGGAUUCUUCCCUCCCGGGCAACGUCUGGAUCAGUCCCGUAGUCGGGCAAUUGUGGGAGAGGAGGUAGUACCUGGCAGAGGCAUCUGUUACAUCUACGACGAUGGCACUGUUUGUCAAAAGAAUGCCGACGGCGAUGGUGCCAACCCACGAUGGGGCACCACCAAGGCAGGAAAGCCAAGGAAACGUCUAGGCCAGGCCUGCAACACUUGUAGGGAGAAGAAGAUUAAGUGUGACCCUGGCGUGCCCAAAUGUGCCCAGUGCAAGAAGUUUGGGCGCGAGUGCAAAUUUGACCCCGGUCCUCGAACCGGCCAGAAACGAUCAGGCUCUCUGCCCUCGGCAUACUCGACGUCGUACUCAUCACCCAUAGAGCAGAUGUCGGAAAGGGCUCCUCCACUCCGAAGAGAGUCAACAGCUUCAACAGAUUUGUUGGGGCUGGAAUCGCCCCUGUCAAGGCCUGGGAACCGAUCUUCUCUCCCACUGGAGAGCCUUUUAUCUCCGGUGUCGAAUGAUGACAACGUAAACGACAAUGGGCUAGAAGGGAGGCCGCCAUCAAAGAGGGUCAGAAUGUCAGCAUCGCCCCCGCCUGUUUCAGAUGGUGGUCUGUCCGACUGUCUUAGCGUUGAAUUGCUGUCGAACACAACAUCAUGGCCAGCCUCCACACCCGCCUUCUCAUGGCGGGCAGACCCCUAUAAGGUCCAUCGCGGGUUGACCUUGUAUUAUGUCGGCAAGUACUUUGCGCGUUUUGACAACACGGCAUAUUGCAUAUUUCCCAGGAAACAGUUUACUAGUUGGGUGGUAAACUGCACUUCCAAGUCGUUGGAGGACAAAAUGGUACUCUACGCAAUCCUGGCUAUAGGGACGGCAUUCGUCCGCCGACCUGGUCGAGAUGCUCAUCGCACGUCCUUUAUGAGCAUCGUCCACGAUGCUGUUAUGAAAAGUGGCGACAAACUAAGCCUACAACUGAUUCAGACCCGGCUGAUUCUAGCAUCUCUUGCCUUCUCUCAAGGCGAAUACCGUCAAGCAUGGGAUUUCUCCAGUGUGGCGCUGCGGACGGCGUACGAGCUUGGUUACAACACGGAGGAGGGUGUUCGGGUGGUUGGCCACCCUGGGCACCAGGACUUUGAUCUGGAUUAUCCCCUCUUGGUUGAAUGCCGGAGAAGAACAUUCUGGUCGACGUACGUUCUGGACUGUCUCAGUGACUGCACUUCGACUUGUGUCCAAUCAACAUACCGCCCUGAAUGCCAUCUACGCUUACCCUGCAAUAAAGGCGCAUAUGAGUCAGGGAACAUUCCGCCUACGGCCUUCGACUUGACCAUCAGCCCCAGCGGCAAUGAGGGUUCAAGCGAACUAUCCGAACAAAUUUCUCAUGUCGGACUUCUGGGUUACGCUGCCCAAAUCGCGACCAUCUUCCAGAAGGUGGUCAGCAGAAUCAGUGGACCGCAGUUUCAAGAGCGGAACAACUACCGUACGACUUUGGAGACGUUCCGGCACGAAACCAUGACAAAGAUGCACUUGUGGUACAAGUAUUUGAGAACGCAUCUAAGAAAGACACACGGCCUUAAAAGCAACAGUACUGAACCCAUCGAUGGCUUACAUAUCCUGUACCAUUACACGGCACUGCUGCUCCAUCGCCACGUUCGACAUGCCCAUUUGGGCCAGCAGCAGAUCAACAUACAUGUGCAAGGCGCAUACGACCACGCGCGGUUGAUGUUGGAAAUCGUGCAGAAACUGAGCAACAAUGAGGGGCGGGAUGCUGCUUUGUUCCACUUCACCACCACGAGCCCAUUUAGUGGGUAUGCCAUCACCUCGGCGCUUGACACUAUUACGGCGGCAGGGAUCUUGUCCGACGUCAUGGACCAUAAAAGUCGGACCAUGUCACUGAUUUCGAGUGGUCUGGAAGCUUUGGACAGCUUGAUGCAGCUCUGGCACAGUGCGCAGCUCCAACGGGAUAUGAUCAAGCAGAGACUGAAGACUAUUUUGAACGCCAGCAAAGCAGCAUCUGAUUAUAAUGGGGCGUUUUACUUUACGACGCCCAUGCAGAGCCCUUUCGGCUUAGACCAGGACAUUAUUUACGGCUUACCACGGAUGCGUUAUUUCCAGGCGUUGGGGUGGCACGACAGAAUCCACCACAGGGGACCAUUCCAUGAGCUGGACCGAGAGUAG